AACAUCAUGACACCAGACUUUAUUUCCUUUAUAGUCACAAUUAUUUCCUUUAUAGUCACAAUUCAUUAUCAUUAUCCAUCUUUAAGUCUUUGAACUAAGCCAACAAACUUCUGAACAUCACUGUUGUACUGAAUGGAUCAGGUCUCAAAAAUAGCACCUUUGUGUAAACUGUGAUAGGUGGCAUAGUAGGUGGAUCUAUGUAAAUGAGGUGGUCCUGUGUUUUAUGAGUUGCCUAGAACUCUCAGUCCCAGCAGUUUGCAGGAAUCUCAGCAUCACCACCACAACUGGAGCACGUAGUGUCCUUUUUAGACACUGAGAUUUUUUUUAUAUUGACGAAGACCAAAAUUGACAGAUGUGACACUAGCUAAUAUAAGGCAUAUGUCCGUUUUUAGGUCUAUGCUCAAUUUUCCAGCUUCUGUUCUGGUGGGAUAGAGUGAUUUCCCUCUCUAGUUUCAUAGUUUUUGUCCCGCCAGCAUUGAUAAUAUACAAACAUUAUGUUAUUGGAGAUAAACUUUCCCUGUUUUCUCCUUUUUUGGAGUUAUUUUCUGACUGUGGCAGCAUUUCAACCUGCACCAAACCGAUACAGCCUCUACACUGGAUCUCAUCCACAGUACAACUCAGCAAAACCGACAGCCAGGCAUAAAAACCAGUGUGCAUAUGUUGUGGAGAAGACUGUUUCAUUCACUGUUCAGGAUGGAGCAGCUCCAUUCAUGAAAGCAGAAUACAACAAGUGUGCUUGAGGACAGAAAUGCCCAACUAUAAAGUAUCGCAUGUACUACAAACCCAUGUAUAAAGUUGCAUAUAAGACUCUGACAGAGCUGGAGUGGAAAUGUUGUCCUGGAUAUGCAGGUGUUGGUUGUACUGCAGCAUAUGGAAUGAAAGCAAGGCCCCUAUUCAAAGAACCACCGUCUCCUCAAAAGGGUCCUAUGCCUCGUUUUAAAGGGCCCGUGCCAAUGCAGAAGGGUCCUAUGCCUCAUUUUAAAGGGCCCAUGCCAAUGCAGAAGGGUCCAAUGCCUCCUUUUAAAAGACCUAUGCCAAUCCAGAAGGGUCCAAUGCCUCCUUUUAAAAGACCUAUGCCAAUGCAGAAGGGUCCUAUGCCUCCUUUUAAAGGGCCCAUGUCUGCACAGAAGGGUCCUAUGCCUUCCUUUAAAGGCCCUAUGUCUGCACAGAAGAGUCCUGUGCCUUCUUUUAAACGUCCCAUGCCUAUGCAGAAGGGCCCAAUGCCUUCAUUUAAAGGUCCCAAUCCCUCUCAAAAGGGUCCAGUGCCUUUAAUUAAAAACCAGUUUCCACAUCCCAUCUUCAAUGGAAUCCCCUGGAAUCAACCUCAAGCAGCAUCUAAUGGCAUGAAUGAAUACCCAAGCCCUAAUACUGGGGCCUCUUCCCAAGAUACCUCAGUUGAACCUUAUCCAGACCAACAGGAACCCGAAGUAGAUUAUGCUGAACUGGUGCCAGAGCCUCAAGAUCUAGGCCAUGAUUUAAUCCCAGAAGACAAUGAGCCAAUCACAGACUACCAGGAUCCUCAGCCAGAUCAUCAAAGUUCUAUACUAGAACAUAGUGAGACAGAGCCUGUUCCCAAUGCACAGGUGCCCUCUGGUGGUAGUGAAACAAACCAAGAUCAUGAUGACAACAGUAUAGAAGAUGAGCGUUUGGAUAGGAUAGAAGAGGAUGUGCAGCGACUCUUUCUUGGUCUUGACAAUCUCCGUGGUACAGUGACAGGCCUGGAGGACAGCUUGCGUGCUUCCCUCUAUGAAGACGCAAAUCGAAUGUUGACUGCUCUCAUUUCUGCAGGACCCAGCCCUCUCCCUGCUCGUUCCCAGUCCAGGGACUCUUCUGUGGGUUUCGGAGAUCUACCUGGAGGUGCACUGGAUAUUAACGGUUCAGAUUUGGUGGGGCAGUUCUCAAACUUGGUUGAUUUGGCUGAAAAGGUUUCAGAGCUACAAGCAGAUCUCAUGGCAAAGGUAUCUGAGCUUGAUGAGUUGAGAGGAGUAGUCGCAGGUCACAACAACACCCUUCAAAGACUGUCAAAUGGUUCAGUGAACCUUACACAAACUGAUUUUCAAAAGGCCCUGGAGACAAUGGUGGAGUCCAAAAUGAGUGAAGCUCGGGUGGCCAUCUUAGAUGGCUUUGAAAAGCGUGUGAAGAGUGCUGAGGAGCAAUGCGAGGGUCAUAUGGCAGAGGUGCGGCUCCAGUGCAAGGAGGAACUUUUGGAUGGACAAGAGCAAAUUGAGCAAGUCCUAGACAUAAGGGCCAUAGGAUUGACGACAGAACUCCACAAACUGCAGGCUCAGCUUCAAGACCUGGAGCCUGAAGAGGGUUGCUGCAUGGCCGUAUCAGGUCUAACUGAAAGGCUAAUUCAUGUGGAGCAGUCAGUGGGUGGCUUGAAUGAGUCCCAAAUACAUCUACGUGUCGAACUUGGUGGACACAAGGACCAUAUUGAGGGCAUGUUGGAAGGUCGGCUGGGCUAUGUGGAAUCUAAGAUGAGCAUUGCAUUAAAUCAAGAGGAAGCAAGCAUUAACAAAAGAGUGCCUAGCAACCUGGAGGCGCAUUUGGAGGAGAAGCUUAAGGCUCUUGAAAGACGUCUUUUGGCUGCAGUGGAGGAGCUAGGUAAUGUCACAGCACCAACUUUGCUAGAGGGUCAGGAUGUGCCCACACUGGAGACAGACGUAGAAUCGCUCAGAAGAAGAGUGGAGGAUGAUUUGGACCGUUUACAGAAACAGCUCAAAUCCAUAGAGGUCAUGUGUACUUCAUCUUGUGUUCCACAGCCUGUUCUUACAGGAUAUGUAGCUCCUUUGGGAACUGAGGAGGAGGGAAGUGAGGACAGCCACAAGGAAAUGACUGGGAAACUUGAUUUACAAGUAGAGAGACUGAACAACCUCAGUGCCACUCUACAUAAUCUUCUUGUCCAGUUCGCAGAGAAACAGGACGGGGUAGGUCUUCAGGGUGAGGUAACCCUGCUGAAAAUUAGUGUGAACUCCGUUAACAGGUCUCUCUGUGGCUUGCAAGAGUCUCUUGGCUCUGUGAUCAGGGAGAUUGGCCAAACCAACCUCACCUGGCAAGAAAGAGAAGAAAGGCUUGCACAGCAGGUGAAGGGUGUGGUUCAGCUGGUGGGACGACAGGCAUCUAUGUUGGGUACUGGGGAGCGAAAGUUGACCCGUUUGAAAGGGGAACUCCAGGAUCUGAGGAGCAGAGUGGCUGGAGAGCUCCAGGGUUGUCGUUCCACUGCACUGGGUGUCCAGAAGGAGGUGACUGAAUUCGGGGGUCGUGUUGCUCGCGUGGAGGGUCAGUGUGGAGGCCUGGCGCACCUGGCUGAUGACCUAGAAAGAAUUCGUGGAGAGCUGGAGAGACACUCUGAUGGGUAUCUUUCUCAUGUAAAUAUCACCCUUGUUAAACAUUCUCACCAGCUGUCCGAACUCAGAGAUAGCAUCCAGAACUGCACUGGACCAUCUGGGUCUUCUAGGCUAGCUGGGGACAAUUCAGCUGCAACACAACAAACGGCAGAAUAACACACAACAGAACCGACCCAUCCCAGAGGAGACCAGUUUGCAGUCCUCACAAAGUAUGAGAUGACUAGUAAUUCAAGUGCACUUUAUAAUGUGCAGACAGUCUUAAAUUACAGAAGCUAUUAUAUAGUGUCUUUCUGAGGAGACUCUUUUCUGACCAACAUCUAUUAUGAUCAGUGUUGAAAUUCACUGGUACUGCUUUGUAUUUGUUUUUUUGUUUGUUUUUUACCUUUAACUUUUACUUAGUGUUUUUACUUAGGGUUAAAUGUAUUAAAUGUCUCACUGUGUUCUUUUAAAUAUUUUUAUAUGAGUUGGAUGCCUGUCUUUUUUAUUGUAGGACUUUUUAAAUUAGAGAGACUGUUGUUUUCAUAUAGGUGAUUCAACAUUUCUGGAACUUUUUUUUAACUCGUUUGUGUGUGUGUGUGUGUGUGUGUGUGUGUGUGUGUGUGUGUGUGUGUGUGUGUGUGUGUGUGUGUGUGCGUGCAUGCGUGCGUGUGUUUGUACCUUAAUGUAUGGUUUGUGAAAGCUGGUUCUUAAUAAAAUGUUGAAAUCUCACUUCAUUUUUUACAUUUAUGAGGUUUGCAUGUUACUGUGUAUUUUUAAUCUCCAACAGAAAUAUAUCAAAAAGGCAACAGGCUAAUAAUUGCACUCUUUAAUGGCAUAACAUAAAGCACAUUUGAAAAUGUGUAAUUUUUAAUCAACAUCUAAGAUGAUUUCUUUAUUUAAUGGUUUCUAACAUUUACAGUAAAUUUGAAAAGGACACUUAAAAACCAUAGCAUAUAACUUUAUAGUGAUUAUUUAGGUAUGUUGGUGCUGAUAGUUACUAACAGUCCUCCCUGCUGUUUCAGUUUUUUAAUGUAUUUGAUUAUGCCAAAAGGCAUCAUAUCCAAGCACUGCUGCUUCCAGCAAACCAAAAAAUCGUAAAAGAAAGAGCAAGAAUGAAAAAAGUGUGAAAGAAACUGUGGUGAAAGCACAAGGGUCAUAAAAUGCAAAAAAGGGAAUGAGAAAAGCAAUCAUUCAUAUACAUGCCACAUCUUAUAAUCACUAAAAAGUACAUGAUCUCAUUUUGUAAAGCGUGUUAACAGAGUUUGACAGCAACACCAUUAGAUAUCCAUUUUGGGGCAGAGUAACUGAAAACCUUUAUUAUAUCAUCUUUUAAGAUUAUCCUUUCAGCCACAAACUUAGUAUUUGUUAAUUUACUCACUUAACCAGCAACUUCCCCAGAACUUGCCCAUCCCCAGCUAAGACAGACAAGAGAAUUAACAAGGAGGAGCGAGUCUGCGGUUGCUCUGAAUAAGUCCUACAAGACGAAGGAGAACAUGACUUUUUUCUUUUCCUUUUUAAAUGUAUUUUUCAGUAAAAAAAAAAAAAAAAUGUAAAGGAAGAAUUUGAGAAUAAAAUAUAUUAAGUA